AUGACUCUCCGAGACGCUAAUAUUAGUUGGCGACGGGCAUUACUGGAAGCUUUCUUCGCGGCAUGUAUUCCUGAUAUUCACGAAUGGAACAGCGAAUCAAUUCCGGACCUGACCGGUCCUCUGCCCUAUGCGCCAUGGCCAUCAGUGACAUGGCAGCUCGCUAAGUCGGACGGCCAAGGUCUAGUAGCACAAGCGCUAUCGUGCUUGACUUUAGUAGCUCUCGGCAUGAAGACGAAGACCUGCAAAAUGAUCGGCAAAGCACGCUGCCAGUAUGACAAGGUCUUGUGUGGACUCCAGGCUGAGAUGAUCAAACUCCACGCCAUCCAUGAUCCAGAGGUCAGGGAGCAGCACAUCAAAUUAAUAGCAUCUGUAGGCUUCUGCUGCUCCCAAUUCGAAUAUAUACUCGGUUCCUGGGAGAACGGCGAUCAACACAUACAAGGCAUGAUUUCACUAUGGCCGCCGAAACAGACUCAUGCUAUGAACGACGAUAGCCAAAGGAUGUUUGCCGAUGCUUGGCUGCUAUGCAUUGCCUGUUGCGUGACAAAGCAUCAGCCUCCGGCAUACUCUCCAACGGAAUGGACACGCGGGUGGACAUCGAGUCAGGACACUGCCUGUGAGCCUUUGCGGACUCUCCUAGCCGUGGGCGAGCGUGUAGCUUGCAUACUGCAGGAUCAUGACCAGCGAGUCAUGUUUGGCAGACUGGAAUCGAUGCUAGAUGUGCAGCAAGCACUAGGAAAUGCUGUUGACGACAUAGACGUCUUCGUGAAGUCGCAGGAGGUUCCUAGUAUGGCCGAAUGGCUUGAUGCGAACUCGGGAACCCCUCACAACCCAAUUCUUGUCAGCUUGAAGCCACUGCCGGCAGCAGUCAUCAGUGGCUACGCCUCAUCAUUCGUCCUACAAAGCAUUGGCACAGCCUGGGGGCUCGCAAGGACACAAUCAAGGAAUACCUUCCAAGCAUCGCAUGCCUCAGAGAUGCGCCUCCAAAUGAUGUGCGAAGACCAUCUCAGGAAACUUUGUCAGCUCGUGCAGGAUCUCUAUGAUCAACGAUAUAAGAUGGUUACGGUCAGCACAUUACUUCACUUGAUUGACUCGGCUCGGGUCGGAUUCGCAACGCUUUGGGAGUUCUGCGGUGGUAGCACGAAUGUGGCGGCACCAUGGUACAUCAGUAUCGGGAACCAUGUUGCAAGCACUGGAUACCAGAAUCUAAAAGAGCCAUGGCAGGCGUCACAGUGCAUCCCCGAUGGCUGUAUGGACAUUCCCUUGCCGGCGGGAAUCCUUUUGAGCACGGAAAUAUCAGUGUGA